AUGAACGAAUAUAUCGAGGAGCACAUCAAGCGGCAUGGAAGAAGGCUAGAUUACUUCGAGAAGAAGCGCAAGAAGGAGGCCCGUGAGGCUCACAAGUUCUCCGCGCAUGCUCAGAAGGCGUUUGGUCUGAAGGCCAAGAUCCUCCAUGCUAGACGGCACGCCGAGAAGGUCCAGCUCAAGAAGACCCUCAAGGCCCACGACGAGCGCAAUGUCAAGCAGGCCGACAGCUCAGCUACUCCCGAGGGCGCCCUCCCCACCUACCUCCUCGAUCGCGAGGGCCAGAAGGAUGCGAAGGCGCUCUCCAGCGCGAUCAAGCAGAAGCGGAAGGACAAGGCGGCCAAGUACGCCGUCCCUCUGCCGAAAGUACGCGGCAUCGCGGAGGACGAGAUGUUCAAGGUGAUGCGCACGGGGAAGAGCAAGAGCAAGAGCUGGAAGCGUAUGGUCACGAAGGCGACGUUCGUCGGCGAGGGCUUCACGCGCAAGCCGGUCAAGAUGGAGCGCUUCGUGCGCCCGAUGGCGUUGCGGUACAAGAAGGCGAAUGUAACACAUCCCGACUUGAAGGCGACCUUCCAGCUCCAGAUCCUGGGCGUCAAGAAGAACCCCCAGUCUCCCAUGUACACUCAGCUCGGUGUCAUGACCAAGGGUACCGUCAUCGAGGUCAACGUCUCCGAGCUCGGAAUGGUCACCACCGGAGGCAAGGUCGUCUUCGGCAAGUACGCCCAGAUCACCAACAAUCCCGAAAACGACGGCUGCAUCAACGCUGUCCUCCGGCCGAACGUUGCACUGGAACCUCUCAUCUGGGCUAUCAUCUGCGUUCGGUGCGUAUCCGGCCGAGUGACGAGCCACUCCCAGCUGGUGGUGGGCUUCGAUGCGAGGCGCGAAGCCCUGGUCCUCACUCCGACUUGCUCCAAAAUCACCAGCUGCAUGCGCUUCACCGCCAUCGUCACGCUCUUCGCCCUCGCUGGCCUUUCCAUCGCCGCUAAUUGCCCGCCUGGCCUCGCCGCCUAUGCGUCCUUGACGGGCUGCCGCGCGGACGCCUCCGAGGGCGCAUGCCACGGCCUGCGCGACCUCUGCAAGGAUGUGGGGACGAACUAUCCGGGACACGAGGGCAAGCAGACCUUCGUGUGCGACAUUGACGAGGAAUGCACAAACUAG